AUGUCUGGUUCUCAAAAGCUGCUUGGAAAGCAUGUCUUGGUUAUAGGCGGCACAAGUGGAAUCGGUCGAGGUGUUGCCCUGGCCGCAAUCCGUGACGCUGCUCAUGUCACCGUUGUUGGCUCGUCACAGGCCACAGCUGACAAGGCCGUCAACUACAUCAAGUCAGAGUUUCCAGAGGCCAAAGUAUCUGGAUACAGCUGUGAUCUAGACGUGGAAAGCCUUGAAGUUGACCUAGAGGCACUUUUCGAUAAGAUCGAUCCUGUAGACCACAUUGUCACGACGGCCGCCAACUCCCACCCGCACCCGACAUCGAUUCAGACUAUAACAGUUCAAUACCUCCGACUGGCGAACAGGAAAUUGCAGGCCAUGGUAAUUUUGGCAAAAGUUGCUUCGCGACGCCUUCCUGCAAGCCGAUAUUCCAGUCUGACAUUUACUUCGGGGAGCAUCGCAGAUCAGCCCCAGCCUGGAUGCAGUGUUCUUGCAUACAUAGCCCAAGGAAUGUUAGGCUUCGUUCGUGGUCUGGCCUUGGAUAUGAAGCCUGUGCGAGUUAAUCUUGUCAAGCCCGGCUACGUCCUAGGCACGGGGUUGUGGUCGCAGAUUCCAGAAGAGCAAAAGUCGAAUCUGCGUGAUACACUGGCCAACAAGAACCCAACUGCUAGUGAAGGUUUGGUGGAGGAUGUUUCUGAAGCAUACAUAUAUUUGAUGAAGGAUGGAAACUGCACUGGAGAAGUUGUCAGCACCAGGAGUGGGCAACACUUAGUCUAG